AUGGCCACGUUGAAAAGUGGGUUUGGUACAGAGAAGAAUUCCCUUCUUAACAGAAGUGUUCUCCUGCUGAAAUUUCUGACAUUCAUCUUUCUAGUAAUUUUUUUUUGUGAGUUUUUGGUUUACUAUUUUGUUAUAAUUCAGUGUGCCUGGCCAGACCUGAAGAAUGCUCCUAGCACACACAGCUCAACACCUCUGAAGGCAAUGUUUUUAUCGGACACUCAUCUUCUGGGUGAAAUACGGGGUCAUUGGUUUGACAAACUAAGAAGGGAAUGGCAAAUGGAAAGAGCUUAUCAAAGUGCACUUUGGCUAAUGCAGCCUGAUAUAGUUUUCAUCCUUGGGGAUCUAUUCGACGAGGGAAAAUGGAGUAACUCUAAGGCAUGGGAUAAUGAUGUUUCUCGCUUUCAGUCUAUGUUCAGACAUCCUCCUCAAACUGAACUGAUAGUUGUUGUGGGAAAUCAUGAUGUUGGAUUCCAUUAUGAAAUGACUGAACAUAAAUUGAAAAGAUUUGAGAAGGUGUUUAAUCUCACUUCUGAAAAAGUAGUGACUCGUAAAGGAAUAAAUUUUGUCCUGGUGAACAGUGUUGCUCUGGAAGGGGAUGGCUGCGUGAUUUGUAGAGCAGAAGAGGAUCGUAUUUUUAAAGUUUCCCGGCAGCUGAAUUGUUCCAGAAAAGUGAGAUCUGUAAUAUGUUAUCCUUUGGGAAACACUCUUUCAUUCUAA